AUGGGGACAGUGGGGACAGGCGCCAACGACGGCAUCAACGACGGCACCAAAGACCAUCCCAACGACCAUCUCAACGUCGUUGCCUACUGGCAGGUGCUUUUCUCACUUCCCACUUUGCCAGACACCAAACUUGCCCUUUACACCCACCCUCUUCGCCUUCGAUUCUGCUAUCCCAACUUGCUAGUGAACUUCCAACGCCGACUCAAUUCGCUUGAGGAUACUUUCCGAGACUCUGGUGCUUCCCCGGUCCCCAGGGGACUCAACACUGCCUCUGAAGUGGCAUUGGGGCAAUAG